UGUUUGGACCUCGAGAGCUAUCAUAACAAUGCCACAAACUAGGUGGCUUGCGGUAGCAGAAAUGUAUUCUCACAGCUGUGGAGGCCAGCAGUCUGGAAGCAAGGUGUUGGCCGGAGCCUGCCCACUCUGAGGUCAUAGAAGAAUCUGCUUAGAGCCUCUUCCCCCGUUUUGCUGGGGCUGGCAACUCUGGUGUUCCCGAGGCCACCACUCUCUGCCACAGUCUUCACAUGGAUUCUCUUUGCAUCUCUGGAUCCAAACUGCCCCCCUUAUAAGGACACCACUCAUGGGGCUCAGACCCACCCUUAUCCACUAUGACCUUAACUUGAUUAUAUCUUUAAAUCUCUUGCUUCUAAAUAGUCCUAUUCACAGACAUCAGAAGUUAGGACUUGAACAUAUCUUUUGGGGGGCACAGCUGAACCCAGAACACCAUUAAUAAGAGGCAAGAUUCUCGAGUCAGAGGAUGGUUCAUGUUGGACUCUUACCUUCCUACCCUUUUUCUAACUGUCUUAUACCUCCUUUCAAUAUGGCUGGGUAACAAAUAUAUGAAGAACAGACCUGCUUUCUCUCUCAGAGGAACACUCACCUUGUAUAACCUUGGAAUCACGCUUCUCUCUGCAUAUAUGCUGGUAGAGCUCAUUCUGUCCACUUGGGGAGGAGGCUACAACUUACAGUGUCAGAACCUUGACAGUGCGGGAGACGCUGAUGUCCGGGUAGCCAGAGUGUUAUGGUGGUACUACUUCUCCAAAUUGGUGGAAUUCCUGGACACGAUUUUCUUCGUUUUGAGAAAAAAGACAAGUCAGAUUACUUUUCUUCAUGUCUACCAUCACGCCUCCAUGUUUAACAUCUGGUGGUGUGUUCUGAACUGGAUUCCCUGCGGGCAAAGUUUUUUUUGGACCAACACUGAACAGUUUUAUCCACAUCCUCAUGUACUCCUACUAUGGACUCUCAGUGUUCCCAUCUAUGCACAGGCACCUCUGGUGGAAGAGAUAUCUCACUCAGGCUCAGCUGGUGCAGUUCCUCCUCACCAUCACACACACGCUGAGUGCUGUGGUGAAGCCCUGCGGCUUCCCCUUCGGCUGCCUCAUCUUCCAGUCUUCCUACAUGAUGACACUGGUCAUCCUGUUCUUAAAUUUUUACUUUCAGACAUACCGAAAAAAGCCACUGAAGAAAGAUACACAAGAGCUACCCGCAGAGAAAGAAGUCAGGAAUGGUCUUUCCAAAGCCCACUUCACUGCAGCAAAUGGAGUGAUGAACAAGAAAGCACAAUAAAAAUAGAGUAACGGAAAAAGCAAACACAUUGCACUAGCUUGGCAGAGUCGCUUGUUUUAAAGCAAAGACUAAAUUGAAAGUUGAAUGUUUUAGCGUUAACUAAUUUCUUUGGCGGUUAUAAAUCAUUUGUACCUAGAAUGUAUUAAUAUAUUGCCAUUAGGUUACUCUGUUAACUGAAUGUUUUGGUCAGCACUGAGGUGAGGCUGAACUCUACAGUCCUCAGAACAGGUGCAGCUGCCCCUCCUGCCAUCCCACCAUCCCACACAGAGGUGCCCAUACUGGAAACCGACUCUGUGAAGCCACGCAUGUCGUUCUGUGCACACAGCACAGCCAGGAACACAGGGCAUUACUUUUCAUAGCAGGUUUCCGGGUCCUCAGACUAAACUGUGUACCACAAAAUGUUAAUGAGGUUGUAAAUACAGGGAAUAUUCUAGUCUACAUUAAGCACUAAUUAUUGGUGCAUAAUAUUGCUUUUGUUUCUAAGCAAUAUUAGAAUCAACUCCAGAAAAAAAUUUCAAUUGGCGGUGCUGGGGAUUGAACCUAGGGUCUUGCACGUACGAGGCAAAUGCUCUGCCACUAAGCUACAUCCCCAGGUCUGGAAAAUAUUAAAAUGGAAUCAUUUAGGGACAAAAACCUAGCAAAACCUCUCUCCCCUCAAGCCAGAGUCUUGUCUGUCAGAUUUUCAAAAACCACUUCUAAACUUAGUGAUAUAGUAAUAAAAUUUUAGUUAUUCUAAGAAGGAAAAAAUUUCUGCCAAAUCCUCAUAACUCAGGGGGUUUGGCUAGGAGUCAUUUCCUAGUUUUAAUUUGGUCUCCUUAAUUAUUCAUAUAUUCUUGUCUACUCCCAUGAUAGUGAGCCUUGGUUAAUAAAGACACGUGCUCCAUACUAAAACCUGUGUUGCUCUCUGGCUGCCCAUUUCCUUUCAGAAUAAAGACUGUAGUCUAAUCAUCCCUUUGCUUUAGGAUGUAUAUAUGCCACUGGAUUAUUAUAAAUCAGAACUAACCGCAAUGUGAAGACUGCAUUUGUCAACUAUUUCUUGUGAGCCUACUCAUGAAUAUUAUCCCAAACACUCGUAUCAGUCUUUGAAGGUUAUUUUAGAUUUUGAAAAGAGAAAAAGAUGUAGUUUGGAAAGAUUUCAACACUGGGCCACAGUGAAAAUGCCUUUCCCUGCUCAGAACCGUGACCUCCACAUAGAACCCAGCUCAGCCAGAAGCACUAAUGAAUAUUUUCUUUCUCCCCAGUGUUGCGCUAUUACUGUUAAACUGUACUGACAGUGAAGCAAAUAUUUUCUAAAGAUUAUACCAUAUAAAACAAGAUUUGCCAAUUUUGACACUUUAUUUUCUUUCCUACUUUAUCUUUUUUAAAAUGUAAGUUUUUAGGUCAUAAAAUCAAUAUCAAAUAUUGAGCACAGGAAAGGCACUUUUCACCUUUUCCCCAACAAUGGUGCUUUUCUACCCCUUUUUUACUGCCCAUUUUAACUCUAGUUUUAAAAUUUCACUAUUGGGGGCGACUUUUUAAACUUAUUUCAUGUAAACUACCCUUUCUCAGGACUCUGGCAUAUAUUUUGAAGGUGACUAACACUUAGAAGCCGUCAGGAUAGAUGCACUGUGCCCUGUGACUCCCUUCUGGCUGGGUUUCUGUUGGCCCACUGACUGGUGCCCACCCGCCGUUUUUCUUCUAAAUGCUUUUCUCGAACUGACCUGCCCCUGGUGCUCACCACCUUCUGAGUCUUAUCAUUUACAGCUGUAUUCAGCGUUUUGUGCUCUUCCAGGAACUGAUUUUGAAACAAGGGCUAGCUUUGAGCAUGACUAUUAUCGUACUGCUAUGACAAGACCUAGAUCGGACUGUGGAGAAAGUCCCUUUGAAAAAUGACUUGAGUCCAGUUUUAGUUCUCAAGCAGCCAGAAUUUGUUAUCAACGUGCAUUCUGGGUAGAAAUGAGACUCAGGGAGGAGACACACAUCGCUGGUCAUUGUGCGAAGCCUAUUCUUCAUUGGCUAAGACACACGCUCUCACCACGCAUUGUACCUGCAGUUCGGGGGAUUUCCGUGGGCUUCGUGUCUGCGUGGGACAGUGGGAGUCAUCCUUACCCGAAUGACAGUCAUGCACCUCUCAGUACCAGGCAGCUUCAGACCACUCAGAUCCAAGCAAAAAUCAAUUCUAGUCGAGCGUAAUGAAAACACUGAGCCUUAAACCAUUCAAGGGCUGAUAAACACACAGAGCUAUGUGAGCUGAGCCACAAAAUUGUAAUCAGGUGUUUUAACCUGUCAUUAAGUGUUGCAACUUUAAAAAACCAAAAUUUUACUUUAUUGUGAUUUUCCUAAAAUGGAGCUGUAAAAAAAAAUUGCUAUCACUAUAAUUGUUAAAAAAUGGAAACUGUUUUCCCAAAUCACUUUCUCUUACCCCAGGAAUGAAAAUACUUUAAAAAAAAUACUGUAAAGUUAGUAAUUCCCUCAAUUUUUUAAACAAAAUGAAUUAUUUGGUGAAUGAGAUUAAACUUAAAAAUUUUCAAGCCAUCAAAAUUAUAUAUUGAGCUAGUUAAGCAUCUUGAUAAAUAAAAUUCUCUCCACCCCAUCAAAGUAUUUCUUUCAGGAAAAAAUUGUAUUUACUAUGAUGAGAAGAUAGCAUUUUAUAUGUAAGAGACCAUUCUAGCUUGUCUCAAUAUUUCUACAUCAUUUUUGAAUGUUUAUAGAGGUUACUUAGAAAAUAAGGAUAUGACCUUUUUGUUUUCCUUUAAAGGAAACCUGUAUCUUGACAUAGUAUCAUGAUUAGGAUGGCCAGGGAGGUAGGAAAAGCCAUUUUUCUUUGUAGAUUAAAAAAACAUUCUGUAUGAGUGUUGUAUAAUAAAUUGAUUUUUACACUAAAA